GGAAAUAUUUCUAGUAGAGACAGUAGCGAGUAAUAACUCUUUGGUCAGCGAAAUUUAUCGCCUUUUGGGUUGUGUGUGAUUGAUGUUUAGAGAAUAUUCUUUGAUGAUUUGUGUGUACAGCUAUGACUGAGCCUGUCUAUCCGCGGAGAGGAAUUUCCUUCCAAUGCGGCUUGGCAAGGGAAACGUAUGGAUUUGAAGGAAAGGAUAUGUCGGCGUUAAGAGAACUGGCACAUUCGUUCCUCGAUCAAAAGGUAUAAUUAAGCUUAUUUAAUCGCCAGCAUUUUGGUUUAACCACAGUUGCUCUCUUUUAGGGUUUAUCCGUGAGAAAUAUAGCAUCCAACUGCUGUUUAUUUGACGUUUCUGUUACUUUUAAUUCGGGGGAAAGAACAAGAUUCGAGCAUUCGGAUCUUUAAUUCUCAAGCCUAUAUUUUCUGCUGAUCGUACAAGGAACAAAUCUUUAUCUUGGCUCGUAAAGUCACUCUUUAAUAUCACCGACUGCUUAUUAGUCAUCGAGUUCGCCGCCAACUACAGAAAAUAGAUGGUGACUUUGAUGGUCAAUAAUUUUUUUGUUUUUAUAGUUUAUUUAACGGUUGCGAGCUCACAGGAUGUAAAAUGACAGUUUGUGUCCGUGUCUUUUAGAGGGCUCUUUUAUUUAAAUCGUGUUUUGUUUAAAUAUUCACCACGACAGACCGCAUGGCCGAUUAUAGCAUGUUUAGUGGUUCUAUAUCUCGAUUUUCUCCCACCGCCCCUUGUUCGUGAGCGACAGUCGAUAGCGAAAACAACGUGAAGAACCAUCAACGACUAUUUGCUGUCACGCGGCAUGGGUCAUUCAUUCAAGACACUAAACCAUUCUAGCGUACGGAGUAAUAUCUUUCGAAGUUUUUUUCGAAAAUUAAAAUCUGGGAAUGAAAAAUGAACAAGGGUCUCUCGGCUCAGAGUUUCCGUCAAUUUAAACCGGUCUAAAGUGAUCUUAUCUGCAAGUGGCAAUGUUCUUAGUUGUUAAAGUUUUCAAAGUUUGUGGACGGUUGUUCAUAUUGUUCAAGUGUAACUAGACUCUAAAUCGCUGUGUACAAUUUUUCUAUACCCCUGGUUAACGUCUAGCUUCAUAAACCAUUUUGCAUCAACCAGAUUCCUCUUUUUGGGAAAUUGGCAAAUUAGUGCAAUGGAUCGGUCAUCAAAUAGACACGAAAUAGGCGAUGUCGAUUUAUGCUGUGUAUCGGUGCGUUUGUCGCCACACCAGCGCCAAUAACUUCCUGUUUUUUUCUUUAAGUUUUUUCUUUUAACUACGGGUUCUUCUCAGUUGAACAGUCAUUAGAUAGGUUCAUUUGUCGUCGUAGAUAUUCAAAUAACGUCGAUAUUGCCAAUUCUGGAGGCGUUUUGUCGCGUGCACCUGCAAAUGUCACAUUUAUAACCAAAAAUAUAUUCAACAUCAAAAGCUCGGUUCGAUCACGAACUUCGCACGUAUAUGUCAUUUCAACAGGCUUUGCUAGAGUUUGUAUCGCUCUAAAUUUUAAUCAGAAUGUUCGUCAAAGACCUAGAAAUUAGGCAAGUUUGUUUAUUUUCUCCUCUUUUGGUUUUUUUUCUUAUUGUUAAAGCAAAGGAAUAAAAACCCCGCUACUGUAGUUUGAGUGUUUAAGACAAAUUUACUAAAACUAAACAAUGCUUUUACUACAUCAGGUGUGAAAAAAAUUCUUAUUUGCUUGUACUUGAAAGAAAAUUUUUCCCUUUGAUGCUGUAUGUCAAAUUCAGCAAUUUGCAAAUUGAAAAUGAUCUCAUGAAUGAAUACCAGCUGUUUAGAUUGAGCUUUGUUCUGUGAAAAUUUACAAGCAGAAGAAGUAGGUAAAUGCACACUAUUGCAUUUUCAUUCUACUUGCGUUAUAUCCUAGAGCACAAUGAACUAUUUUAAGGAUCUGAAAUUUGAUAUAUCAAGCAUAAACAACUUAAGGCAUUUCUUAAACUGGUUAGAUCUUUCUUGAGUAAAGUCCUGCUCCUGACGAACUAUCACUGCUGGAUCCUUAAGCAUGACUGCAGUCAGCCUGUGUUUGAAGUACACAUCUGUCAUCGGUCGAUAUGAAAGGGUUUGUGUGUGGUAUGAUUGGGAUAAUGAACUUGAAAAUCCAAUUAUCCUGAUGUAAAAUGGAUUAUUUUGACAAGUUUUUUUUUUUUUUGUCUUGAGUUUGGGUUACUUGUGUUGAAGAGUCAAGCACAUUAUGUUAUCUUCCCAAUUUCAUUGCAACUCUUUGUUCUAAGUGGCAAAUCAAUUUUUUUUCACCCAAACAGUUCAAUUUAAAGCAUCUUUUCUGUUGGCUUAUGUUUCUCUAAAUUCCCUCGGUAAGAUUUGAUGAAGCCUGUCUUACAGGUGAUACAGGCAACUGGUUGAUUGCUAAGUGCUAUUUUGGGGAGUUUUACUACACUUACCCAAUUGAUACAUAAUAAAUUUACCAUGAGAAUGAAAACAAAAUAGUAAUGGCAGAGGCAUUACACCAAUAAACUGCAGUACUCUCCUGCUGUGCUCCUGUAGAAAAUUUCUGGUGUCAAGUUAUGAUGUGUUAGUAAAUCAAUAGAGUCCAUAUGCUCUGGCCUCUUCUCAGAGUUUAACAGAUCAAGUUAAAAUGGGCACUUAGAGGGGACCAAAACAUUUAGGUCAAAGAAAAUCAACAGUUUUAUGAUGAUGAUGAUAUUAUUAUUAUUAUUUGUAGUAUCAUUAUAACUAUCACUUUGGAGGGCCUUGAGCAAAUAAGAACUUACAAAAAUGACGACAAAAGAGUACGAACAGUUACCCUAGCUUGCAUGCUAUUUAAUGCUUAAACUUUCCAUGAGUGACCAAGACAGAAUUUCUCCUUACAAUAUCAAUACAAUAUCCAGUAGACAAGUGAUGAGAAUAAAGAAAAAUCUUAACCAGGGGAUCAUUAGUUGAUACCAAUACCAAAUUCUCCAAACUAACAUCACAAGAACUAUAUAGCAGACAGUAAGGACAAUUACUAAAGAGAUCUUGGGAGUUAAAAGGUUAGGCCUGCAAAAUAUGCCACAAUGCCUGACAGAGUAAUGAUAAUUCAUGUUUUGUUCAUGAGAGAAACACCCACAGUACUUCUCUUUCCACAAUGUCCAGGAGGGUAAAUACUGUAAGAAAUUAUCAAGGAAAACUGAUUUAAUAUACAGGGGUUGGAGGGUCACCCUCAGUAGAUCAGCGUCCCAUCAGUGUAUGGAAUUAUAUCUUUCGAAGCUUUUUCAAAAAGUAAAAUCUGUGAUUGAAAAAUAAAUAAGGGUCUCUUGGCUCAUGAUACAAAACAAACAUAUGCUUCAGCAGCAGAACAAACUAGGCUCAGGACUUUUUCACAAUUUAACUAAUAACCUAUUUUGAUUAUAACACUCAUAGUGCAUUGCGUUUAUAACAUUGUGCUUAAUGUUGUGUGGGAAAUUUUGGAUCACAGACUGUUUUGUGUCAUUUGGUUAUGUUUCUUUACUCUUUAUUUUUUCCCCCAAUCAGUUCCCAGACCACUCUUGCAUUGGCAUAGCAGACAAAGUGAUCAUGUUUAUACACAACUAUUCCACAACUAACAUAUUGGAGAAGUUAACCAGCGUGGACCAGUUGCAUGAAGGCUCUGUUAUUGAAGUUGUUGUUUCAGGUAUGUCAGCUUAAAAACUGGGUUUGCUGCUAAGAGAAAAUAUUUCACUUUAAUUACUUAUAUGUGAAAUAUGAUUAGGUUAUUUCCCCAGCAAGAGGUCUAUAUGGGUUUAUAAGUGGUCAGUGGCUGGGUGUGAUGCAAAUUGGAGAAGUUGACAUCUUAGAAAAUUAUGAUGUUAUGUAUUCCAGGCAUGAACAGCAUUGAAUCAGACCGUGACCAGGAGGAAAUUAGGAUAAAGUUAAUUAAGUUGACAAGAUGAAAUUUUCCUUAGUUUUGCCUUAAUACACUUUUCACCGUAACUGGUUUAGUUUUAAGGGGACAAACUUACGGCAGAGAAGAGGGUGGGGAUGGGGAGGCACUUUUAAGGAUGGGGUGUUAAUGGUACAUGAGAUGGGAGUCUCUGAUAUUUCAAUUAUGUUUUAAAUUCUCUAAAUUUUGAAGUUAAAUGGAAUAAAUGUCAAUAAUGGCAAAUAAUGUGUUGAUUAUUAUCAUUAUGAUAAUAAUUCCUUUUAUCUUUUUUAAGUGUUUUGAAUAAUUUUCUUCUUUGUUGAUUUUUUUUUUUUUCAGCUAAAGUCCCAGCAGAUGAGACCAUUAUUCGUCCUCACAUGCUGAUUGUUCAUUCGUACAGAUCUCCAACAUUUUGUGACUUUUGUGGUGAAAUGUUGUUUGGCCUUGUGAGACAAGGAAUCAAAUGUGAAGGUACAGUCUCUAGUUAUUUUUGAUAUGGUACUCUUUCAUUCUCAGGAUCUAAAAAUGGAUUCUUGCAACAGAAGUCCCCACAUUUCUUUGAUAAAUGCUGACAAAAAUCUGGACUUUUAUCAAGAUAACAUCUGCUUGAUCUGUUCUGUAUACAGCUUUUUAUAUCAGUGCCUAAUUACUUGACAUUGUAAUAACAUUUUAAUGAGAAAUGAACACAUGGUAACCUCUGAAAGUGAAAGACUUUCUGUUUGUCAAACAAUUUUCAGAACUAUGACUUUGUCACUCCUCCCUCCCCCCCCCUCCCCCCCCCCAUAUGAAAAUGUUUGUUUCUCUCUAGCUUAAAUCACAUCACUUAGAAAUGAAAAGGUCACCAUUUUGUUAAUGAUCAUAUGCUGUAUUGACAACUUUAACUACAAAUUUAUUCCUUUUAAAAAUCUUUCUCUACUUACUAUGGCAAACCAUACAGUAGCAGCUGGGCAUGUUUCUUUACUUGGUCAUGUUCGAUAAAAAGGAUAUUGUAAGAAAAUGGAAGACUUUGAAAAAGAGCAAGGACUGUUACGUUUACUUUCACAGGAUGUGGUGGCAACUAUCACAAGAAAUGUGCAUUCAAGAUACCAAAUAAUUGUUCAGAUUCAAGACAUCGCAACAGUGCUUCUGGAUUAAACAUGGCUCUGCAUUCACAUACUCUUCCGAGGCCAGCUUCUCAGGUCAGUGGCCCAAAUGAUUCAGCAUUCUUGAUCCAGCACUCCAAUUCCUUUUCCGAGAGCCUUCCUUCAUCAAGAGACAGAAGGGCAACUUGGAGUGGUCGUCCAAUCUGGAUUGACAGAAUGCUGUCUGGUAGAGUCCAAUUACAAAUACCUCACUCAUUCGUGGUUCAUUCCUAUAAAAAACCUACAGUGUGCCACUUUUGCAAAAAACUGGUAGGAAAAAUGACUUUGUGAUAAAUCAUAGAGUUCCUUUAAAACUACAUUAUGUUCAAAAUUAGCACUCCUUAGACCAUAGAGGCUGGUUGCUUUUGACCAGUAGCAGACUAGAGAAGUUGUCUUAAAAGUUUUAAAGUAAUACUGAAAGGAAACUCUAAUCAUGGUAAAGCAAGUUGUUGUUAAAAUGAUGGAAAUGAAGAAUUGUCCAUAGAAGAUUCAAUAUUCAUUUCCAUUUAUGAAAACAAGUUGUAACUUUAAAGGUUAUUUUAGACAAUUAGGACUACCUAUUGAGAUAAGGUUGCUUGUAAGCAAAGUUACAUUCAUUGGAUGCUUACACAUGAGUUAUUGUUAUUGCCAAGAUCCAACAUUGGCUAUUUAUUGUCUUUUCACAGUUAAAGGGCCUAUUCCGUCAAGGGUUACAGUGUAAAGGUAAGGGAUAAAUUCAUUCCACAUUUUAUAUUUUGUGAAUGUUAAGAUUGUGUAUUGAUGAAAAUAGGAAUUCAAAGUAAGAAAUGUAAAGAAAAGGAAAUCUGAAUGCUCCUUGUUGAGUGCUCCAAACAAAGGUCAAGCCUGUGAGCGAACCAAUAGCUGCUGUUGGUGGCAAAAGUGCUUGGGAAACUGAAUUAAAUAACAUUUAGAUGGGGAAGCAAACAUCUAUACAGGCAUGUAAAACUUAGUAUCCCUAGACAUAUUUCUACUGAUUAAAGCUUGUGUGGAUGUUCAACUAGAAUCUUUUUAAUGUCUAAAAUGACAAUUCCCGUAAAGGUACUCCUCUUUGUGAUCCUUUGAAUAAAAUUGACAUGAGCAAUUGAAAAUCAAUAUUGCUUUUCUUAAUUUGUACUAUUGAGUCAUCAAAUGACUGAUAUUCUUCUCUGGAAUAAUUGCAGAUUGUAAAUAUAACUGCCAUCGAAAGUGUGAGAAGUUUGUUGGCAAGACUUGUUUGGGUGAGGGAGCAAUGGUAGAAGCAGGUAAAUAAAAAAUAAGUGAUUCUGAUAAUUUAAGUUUUACAUGAAAACAAAUGUAAACAGUGGUUGUUUUUUUAAUUCUGUGGAUCCCUAGGUCUGAAAUUUCCUCCCCCUACCAAUACUAUAUAUUCCUUCUAAGUUUUAACCCAUCAGCUUUCAAGAUCUGAUUGUUAAUUCUCCCCUCUAGCUGCUACACAUUUCCUUGUAAAUUAGUUAUGAGAAUUUGUGAUAAGAUCAAGAUAACAACUUCUACCUGAUAAGUUUUUGUAUUCUCAUUAAUUGUUUGCUGGAUAAUGUAGGAAUAUUGUAGGGAGAGGUUACAUGUUAAUCACUUCUGGGAGUUAAAGGGUUUUAAAACCCUUAAACUCUAAAUAAAUUAAAAUUAUCAUUAUCCAACUAAAGAUACAACCCAGAAUUUUUCAUGCUGCAGGGUCUCUUGGAUCUUCUGAUUCAGGUGCCAUUUCUGAAAGUUUGUCAGAAAUGGAUCUUUCAAAUGACGUUCCAAAUGAACAAGAGUUAAGUGAGAACGAGACAGAAAUUGAAUCAGCAAGUCGCAGCAGCCAAGAGGGCUUUGAACCAACUAGUCCCUCAUCACCAGACAGUGAGUUGCCUCAGCUGACUCCUACAAUGAGCAACAACAUUCCACUCCAACGGAUUGUUGUAUCUGUGAAGCAUACCAAAAGAAAAGGAUCAAAAGUGUUGAAGCAGGGAUGGAUGGUGCAUUUUACUAGCAAGGAUACUCAGGUGUGGCAUAUGUUUUGUUGUCAUUUAACCCUUUCACCCUCAUCAGUGACCACAAGAGAAUUUCUCCUUACAAUAUCAAUACAAUAUCAAGCAGACAAAUGAUGAGAAUAAAGAAAGAUAUCAAUUUGGGGAUUAUCAGUUGGUCCAAUACCAAAUUCUCUAAACUAAAAUCACGAGAAUUGUACAGGAGACAAUAAUGAAAAUUUUUUUUGAAGUCUAGGGACUUAAAGGGUUAUUGUGCUGUGUCAAUUCUGUUCCAAGUAUUGCACUAUAUUUGUGCCAAACUAACUUUGUUCAUUAAUUUCAAGUUGAGCAUGUUAGUUUAGCAUGACAUUCAAAACUAUUCACUCCUCAGGGAUCAAUUUAAGGUUAGCUUGAGUUCUUACCACAGCAGGCUCCUCCAUGCAGCACAACCAUAGGACAACUUUGUUUCAAAUGACGUGCAUGUGUUGUCUAUGCCAAAUUGACCUUAAAUGUACAUGUGUGCAUGAGACCAUGACUAAUUCCUAUCUCUAAGCUCAUAUUCAAACAAGGUGUUUUAAGAACUAUGAACAGUGUGUUCAUUUCAAGUUUUUUUUUUUUUACUCUUUGGCUACGACUUUGUCCAGUGAAUUCAGUUUGUCAAUUCUUUUUUACUGAUUUCUUAAAUGAAGUUAUAAUUUUAAAUUUGGUUUUUAGAGGAAAAGACACUACUGGAGACUAGACACAAAGUGUUUGACACUAUUCCAAGAUUCAACUAGCAGUAGAUAUUACAAGGUUUGUUCUUUGUUAAGUUUUAUUAUUUUAUGAUGAAUAGCAGUUGGUGAUGGCACAGAUUCAUUAGUUAACAACACAGGGUGGCAAAUUAUUCUUCCAAAAGUUUUGAAACAUCAAGAAUCAUAAAUUUAAAAUACUUGUCGGUUUUGAUUAGAAGUCAACUUUGCUGAAAAUUCAAAAAGUCUCCUCUUUUAAAAUCACUUGCUCAAAAUAUAAAUCCACAAAGCCCAAUUUAAACAUCUGAUUUUUCUCAUGAAGUUUGCUUUCCAGUGGUAAAGCGAAGAGGAUAUUGUUGCUGUGAACAAUGAAAUCGAUUCACUGCACCUUUGACUUAUCUGAUAAUUCUUGAUCAAACAUGGCAGAAACAAAAUAGUGAAUUAAUACAUUCAUUGUGAAGAAUUCAACAAAUUGAUCAUUGAAAACACAAUAAAUGAAUAGAGAAUGAUACAUAGGCCCACGUAGAUGUGGAAUUUCUUUUCGAGUGUUCUACUCAAUUUCUCACACGUUCGAUAUCACUCACACUAAACACGAGAAGAGAAAUUCCACAUAAACAAUUUAUUGUACGUCCAUUCAUCAACUUGACAGUGUGGCUUGAAAGGCGAGUGACUUGUCAGCAACUGAUUGGCGAUGUUAAACACACGUAAAAAAUAUCGUAAUUUUACAUCGUGUAGCUCCAGCUUUCCUCAGGGCUGGUAGUCCUUGUAAAACACCACAUUUUGUAUAAUAAUGAUAAUCAGUUAGUUCACGACAUUCUAGGUUAUAUUUUUUAUCUUCUUCCAUCUCUCACAGGAUAUUCAACUGUCUGAAAUACUGUCAGUUGAUUCUAAUAUUGACCCUCUGGCGACAGACGCCACUCGAGCUCCGCACUGUUUUGAAAUGAAGACAAGGGACAUGGUGUACUACGUGGGGCAAGUUGAAGACGAAAACGAGACCCCAGACCCUGACAGUGGAGUAGGAGCAGUGGCGGGGCAGGCCUGGGCUAGUGUCACGCGCUCUGCUCUUAUGCCAGGUUGUGUGACACCGACCACGAGUGUUUGCCCCUCAAGCAACAACGGUGAGUCUACGUCACUCUACUUCGUUGCUCAAUUUCCAACAAGUGCAGAUUGUAGAAAUUUGGCUGUAAUUUUAAACAGCGGACAUAAGUUAUAAGCAAUACGCAGAGAUGUUGUGACUUUUGUCUUUUCACUCUCCUAGCAAAGUAAAUCGUAACUUGAUUUCAAAGUAUUACUUUGCGAAGAGCACCGUGGUAACAACUGAUAAUCUAAGUAUGGGCAAGAAUAAAACGGACUUAAAAAAAACCUUUCAUUUCUACGCUAAAUUUUUCAAGAAGCGCUAAGAGUAGCAUAGCUCCUUAACUUGAGGACGAGUUGCUUGAAACCUUGGGAGGCGAUUUUUCUCAGUAGAUGUCGUUAUCCAUACACAAGAUAAUCUCAAGUAAUGUUGGAUUUGAAUGCUUUUGCCUCAGUACGAUUUAAUUGAUCAAGGAAACUCGCGCCUCCCCCUUGACGACUCGACCAAUCAGAUCCAAAACCAAUGGCAACUUGAUCACUCGCGUUUUCCCGCGCUUUAGGCGGUUUGCCUGUUUUCGCUUGAGUUCUCAUUGGUUCCUUGUGAUAUUUUCCUUGUUCCGAUAGGCUGAAGUGAUUACUUUGCGUUUGGUUUUACGAUGCUCGAAGGAAAUGCGCUCUUACAAAGGGUAUGAUGUAAUUAUAAUGAUCUGCUCUCAGUUAGCACUAAACUUUCCAUUGUGUUUAGGUGUUAGUAAUUCUGACGUAGAGAUGGAAGUUACAGACGAAGAGGAGAAAGUGAAAGAUGCUCCAUUGGUUUGUAAAAUGUUUCUUGGUCACGCACUCCUUACUUAACGUAUAGCAACAAGCAAUCAACGACAAUCUUUUAUUUCAGCUCUUAAGUUAUGCGAAAUAGUUGCAUUUUGUUCUUAUUUUUACAUACUUGAUUAGAUAAGAACUUUUUUCGUUUCUCUUUUGAAGGACAUUAGUCAGCUGUACCAAGUAUUCCCUGACGAAAUUCUCGGAUCAGGACAGUUUGGAAUUGUCUAUGGAGGUAUGUGUUUUAAUUAGGUUUUCAUUAGCGGCGUAGUUCGUUUGUGACAAACUCUGAGGUACUGAUGCAUAGAAAAGGUUAUCUUCAGCUUUUAGUAAUCCGUAUAGUUACCCACCGAGCCAUUCAUUUCGUAUUAAACAGAAAAAAUCAGUCACCUUUUGUACAUGUCAAGUAAGAUUGAGCACUCAGAUCCCUUACCCCAGUCACUAUUUUGAAUGUAUUUGGAGGUAGGAAAUAAUCUUCCAAAGUUUUGUUAUCAAGUCGAAAUCCUGACGUGAACCUUAUGCUCUCGAGUAAGUACUGUCCUCGAAUAAACGGUGCCCUUAAUAAGCAGAAUGCAGCGGUUAUCUGAGGAAUAAAAGAAAAUAAAACAAUUUUGGUAUAACUCAAUAAUUUACACCAACCUUACAAAUCUUUAUAAGAAAGCGAGACAGUGGAUUUUUUUUUGUAAAACUAACAGGGGUUCAUCGCGAAAGUGGACGAGAUGUAGCUAUUAAAGUCAUUGACAAACAACGCUUUCCUACAAAACAAGAAGCGCAAUUGAAAAAUGAAGUAGGAAUUCUUCAGGUGUGUAAUACGCUGCUUUUCUCAUUGUCUGUGCUUUCCCUUUUUACUGUUGCCAAUUUUUAAAAUUUUUUCAAAGGUGCUUGCAUUAAAAAGAUUACGCCCUAGAUCAUUUUGGAGAGUAUGGCCAGAACCUUCGUUAUUUAGCGUGCCGUAUGAAAAGUUUUCAUUAAUGAAGUUACUUUUUUUAUUCAUCUUAUUUUCCUUAGCAUGUCAACCACCCAGGUGUAGUGAAUUUAGAAGAGAUGUUUGAAACUCCUGAAAGGGUAAGUACAGCUAGAAAGAGAGCGGAUUAAGCCAACACCAAGAAACCUCAGCCAACCAGAACUUUAAGUAAAAACAAGCAAACUACGCGAAGCGCUGGAAAAAACGCGGGUGACCAAGUGCAUCGCGAGUGUUUUUUUGACCAAUCACAGUGCGAAGCAAAAAACAAAGCAAUCCCAGAGUUUUUCCGAGACUCAAAUGAAAACCUUGCUUCAAUGUGGGUAACUUAUUUCGGUUGCCGCUUCUGUUGCUCACUCUAUGAAUUUCACAAGGAGGAAUAAAAUGGGUCUCAGUGUAACGGAAAAAGCAUCAGUUUACAAAUAGGCGCUGUUUGGCUCUCUAGGAGAGUGCUCGUCGAUUUUCAUGUCAUCAAAACAGGUUUUUUACUCAUCAGUCGAAGGAAUUCAAGGAGCGGAGUCUAGGGAUUAAGGAUCAUUGCUUUCCGUGUUGAAAGUUCCUUUUGAAACAGAAUGAUAACUUGGUUGGGAAGAAAAACAGCAAAAGAAUUAAAAUAAAUGAAAGCAACGCAAGGAUCAUCAAGGAUGUAGACACCUCACACGGAGUGCGCAGGAAAAGCCCGAAAAAGCCGAGCCAAUUUCUGUGGUGUGACUCGGGUCCCCCUAUGUUUACAAUAAAUUUCACGUUUAAACAUCUGUCUUUCAGGUGUUUGUAGUCAUGGAAAAAAUGCGAGGCGACAUGUUGGAACUUAUUCUGUCGAGUGCCAAAGGAAGAUUGGACGAGAGAUGCACGAAAUUCCUCAUAACACAGGUAAAAUGAAUUCACUUUCCCUAUCAAACGCAGCUGGGGUAACUUGCAUCGAAAGCUCAAUUCUGACGACGUAGCUUUAAGAGAUCCAUCGGUAAUUGGUCGAUAUUUACGCACACAAAUUCGAAUCGGAGAAACAGCUUACAAUGAGGAAAACUUUGAUCUUUGGUUGAAUUACAAUGCACGCCGACAGGGUGGAAUGAGUUGGGUCUGACUUUGGGAUGAUUCCGACAGGGUGCGACACAAAUAGAAAAAAAAAUUGAGAGUGGAAGGAAGACCUUAGUUCAUUCAUAAAGAGAACGAUGUGAAAUACUGUUUACCUCGCAUGCUGUGUUACACUAAAAUAAUACAAAUGCUUGAAAUUUUCCCACGGACAGACAUCACCACUUGAGAGAAAUAGCAACACAUUUUUCUUUGUCAGACCUAAGUUUUGGAUCAAUGUCGGCAUCUAAGCAACUGCGCAUCUAAAACUCCCCCUAGAAUCAACAAUAGUCAACCAAUAAAAAGGUAGGGUUAAUGUUGAGUUGGGGGGGAGGGGGGGGUAGAUUCACAGUGGCUCAGAUACUUACAAUGAUCCCUAGUUUUAUCAUCAUUGUUGCUGUAUUUUUUUUUUUAAGCAACGAUUCUUAAGGUGAUAGGUAUUCCAUCGGCUAAUGGCAACAUUCUCCUUGAUGGACGGAUUUGGUCCAGAAGCAGAGAUGUUGAAUGAGUCAUGUUGUCUCAGCGAUACAUGAUCUCGAUUUGCUUUACGUUUUUUCUUUUUUUUUUUCUUUGCGUACAGAUUUUAGUGGCUCUGAGAGAUCUACACAGCCGAAAUAUUGUUCAUUGUGACUUAAAACCAGAGAAUGUGUUGUUAUCGUCAGUAUCAUCCGAAUGUGGUUUCCCACAGGUGAGGUUCCGUUCGUGCUGUUCUUUUGAAAUAAAUUUGUGGGCCUUGUUUUUUCUAGAGAAUGGCAAUGAUUAAGAGUAGAAAGCUUUGAAAAAUAGUGGAAUGAGAAGAAUAUAAAACAAAACUGUGAAGUAUUUUUAGAUGUCAAGUGAUUGUUGUUAUUAAUGUAGUCAUUACACUUAUCUUGAUCAUGAUAGAUAUCUAGAUCGUUAUCAUUAUCAUUAUAAUUAUCAUUAUUAUUGUUAUUAUUAUUAUUAUUAUUAUUAUUAUUAUUAUUAUUAUUGUUAUCGGUAUCAGUAUCAGUAUCACCCUUGUCAUUAUCGUUAUUAUUAUCAUUAUUACUAUUCAGGAGCUUAUCGGGCGAGGCCUGAUUUUUUUGUUCUCUUCAACAGAUCAAACUGUGCGACUUCGGUUUUGCUCGGAUAAUCGAAGAGAAAUCGUUCCGUCGAUCGGUUGUCGGGACUCCAGCCUACCUCGCCCCUGAGGUCCUACUCAAUAAAGGAUACAACAGAUCGCUCGAUAUGUGGUCGGUCGGUGUCGUCGUUUAUGUAAGGUAAGAAUCAAUAGAGAGCUUAACCACUACUUUUAUAGAAUUCCUUUAGCCGUGAUAUUAAAAUGAUGAUAUCUUUCUUUACUUCUUAGAAUAGCUUUUUUUCCCCUAAUUUUCUCCUGAAUUGAAUUUAAGUGACGGAACUUUAAGUUUAUUUCGUCGUUUGCCGCACACUGUAGAAGUCAUCUUCAAGUUCUUUCUUGAAACAGCAAGGGAAUACGUCUUGAGUCUCUCCACGGUAUCAGACACAACGAUGAAUAAGACCCUUCCAUCCACACAACUAUGCAAAUGAAUGAAAGCACUUAUGUAUUCAAGCAAAUUGGAAAAUAUGCUCUUCGACGACUGAUCGCUGUACAAAACCUGGGUGUCUUAAACGUGUCUAAGGCAGAUGUCAUUUAUAGAGAAUCUGACAGACUUGGUGCUAAAUCGUUACGCCGCAAAGUGCUCUGGACUCUUGUCUCAAAUGAUGAGGUACUGGAACAGGGUAAUGGUGUAAAGGCGAGGGGGGAGGGGCAACAUGCGUUUUAACGCAUCAGGGGUCUGUUAAAACAACUUCCUUGCGAAACCGUAACUUCUGCUCGACACCAUGGGAAAAUUUGAACUUUCUUCGUUAGUAUACAUUGGUGUAAAUAACAGCCAUGGGACAAGCCGAUCUUAAGUUGAAAUUACAUAGACUGAAAUCCGUCCUUUUUCAGUUUAAGCGGCACUUUCCCGUUCAAUGAAGAAGAGGAUAUUCAAGAUCAAAUUCACAACGCUGCUUUUAUGUAUCCACCCGAUCCAUGGCAGGAGAUUUCGCCUGAAGGUGAGUUUCAGUACAUUUCUUGGUUUAAAACUUUCAGAGCGACAAAACUUAGUCUAAUCAUGGUUUCUCAUUCAUCAAUGUGAAUCAUUCUUCUCUUCUCUUCUCUUCUCUAGCAAUUGAUCUGAUAAACAAUCUCUUACAAGUCAAACAGAGAUGUCGUUACACUUGUGAUAAGUCGCUUAUACAUUCGUGGCUCCAGGUGAGUUACAAAGAGCAAGUUCUGUAGCACCUGAUGUAGCAACUUAGAAAUAAGCUCUUGGAUAUUGUAAAGAGACUUGCUUUGGGCCCAUUCUUAAUUAUCCCGGUAAUUUUUUUUUUUGGGGGGGGGGGGGGGAGGAGGGAGGAGGGGGAUAAGGUAAAUGUUCUAUAGACACAGCCAAAAUCUUUCCCUUCCCCCAACAUCCGACCACCCACCCACCCCCUCCCUCUCAAGGCGGCAAAUAAUGACCACUCCCCUAUGAGAAGAUGACGAGAUGUGAUGCACAGUAUCCCGGGGACGUUUUGUAUUUUAAAAGAGGUUAUUUGAAACGAUUCCUUUAAUCUUCGUUAAUAAUAAAUUCAUUUUUAUUGAAUGUAAGUCAUUGUUUUCUCCAAUUUUAAACAUCCAUUCCCCAUUAUCAAGCUCUUAUUUGACGUAUGAGUUGCUGGUUUCACGAUCAGCAGUUUCAAAUCAGAGUCAAACAAUCUUCAUUUUGUGUGACCCAUUCAGUAACUUUUUCAUCCAUCUCGUACCCAGGACUAUCAAACCUGGUUGGACCUAAGGAGUCUGGAAGCGGCUGUCGGAGAACGCUACCUUACUCACGAAAGUGAUGACGCAAGAUGGGAGGCGUACGCUGAGCAGCUAAAAGCGCGUCAAAACAGGGAACCCUCGCGGGAGUCAGCGCGGCCGACCAAUAACAGAUUUUUCCCACCAAUGUCACCAACGGAACGCAAACUUCAAACAAGUAUAAGUUUCCUGUGAAAAAAGCCAUGGUUACAUUUUAAGAUAAUUAUAAGAUACGUGUCAUUAAUUAAUAUUUUAUUUGUCAGUAAAAAAAAAGGCUUCUGACAUGUUGCUAUUCGUUAAAAAGACUGUCCCCACGUUUGAAACUCUUCAAGGUUUUUCGAUCAUUGUCCAGCGAAACACAGCAGUCAAACGUCUGUGCUUGUGCGAAAGUUGUUGGGUGGCGUGCCUUAAGGCUAUUAGGACUAAGUUGUUUCACUCAAGUUAAAAGUAAUUACACAAGCUAGUUCGUCACGGUAUUUUAAAAAGUCUGCAACUUUUUUCGGUAAAGCUCAAAACAAAAUAUUAAAUCAACAGGAUACCCGUACUUGAAUAAGCUUUGUGUAAGUCUCCUUUUUCCUACCGUUGUUUCCUUUUUUA